AUGGCUGAAUCACACAGAUGUAUGUUUAAAUAGAAAUAGAGAUUAGACCAGUAUGAACAACAACGAGGGAAUAUGGAUGAAUACAAGUGGAGAAAUGAAUAGAAGAAAACCCCAAGGUUGAAAAUUUAGCAGUUGUUGUUUAAUACCAGAUUAUUUAAAUUCAAAGUUACUAACAUAUCAUUCUAGUAUACGUUAAAGGUAAACACAUUUCAUACCAACGUUCAAAAAAUGUUACCAACCCAAAAGUUUCAUUAAUUCAAAUUGACGGUGUUGCUAACCCAUCAGAUGCUAAAUUUUAUUUAGGUAAAAGAAUUGCGUAUGUUUACAGAGCUCCAAAAGAAAUCAGAGGCUCAAAAAUCAGAGUUAUCUGGGGUAAAGUUACAAGAACUCAUGGUAACAAUGGUUUAGUUAGAGCUAAUUUCAAAAAAAACUUACCACCAAAAACUUUUGGUGCUUCAGUUAGAAUUAUGUUAUAUCCAUCAAACAUCUAA